AUGGCUGCAGUGAAUAUUUUCCGAAGUGCUUGCGGUGGUUUACUUCGAAAAUCCACCACAAUUAAAACGCCGGUCGCAUGCCGACUAUCCACCGUAGCUUUACAACAAAAAUAUCAAACCGUUAAAACCAUCGCGAAGCUAUACAACAGUCACGACUUACAGACAGGGGUUUCGUGCGAACGUCGAUACGCCACUGGGCCCGUGCAUAAGAUAACCCCUCAAGAAAUAGGAGAGCGAGUGAUGAAAAAGCCGCUUUUCGUGCGUAACUACGGCCAUGGCGCUCCGUUAACAAUUGAUCUUAUUAAAAGUAGGGUGCUUCUUGUACUGCAACUUUAUGAUAAAGUUAAUCCCGAGAAGCUCUCGCUAGAAUCACACUUCAUGCAAGACCUUGGAUUGGAUUCCUUGGACCAUGUAGAAGUUAUCAUGGCUAUGGAGGAUGAAUUUGGUUUUGAGAUCCCCGAUGGAGAUGCAGAGAGACUUCUGAAACCCAAGGACAUAGUACAAUACAUUUGUGACAAAGAAGACGUAUUUGAAUAA